AUGUGGCAUCCUGAUGAUUUUGUAUUUGUACCUGGUCGAACACCAUUGACAUCUUUGAAAUUUCUUGUUUUUAUUUCGAUUAUUCAUUUCAUAAUAACAUGUAGUUUAGAAAUGUUAAUGGCUAAUCGUACUAAACCAAUAAAUUUACGUCGUAUUCAACGUUAUAAUAAUUUGCUUAUUGGUAUAUAUUCAGGUGUUACUUUUCUAUUAACUAAUAUAAUAGCAUAUAGAGAUUAUAGAUUUAUUUCUUGGAAUCGAUUAUUAUGUCAUAGAUCAACACCAAAAGGUUCAUAUGCUCUUAUUUGGUAUAUAUUCUAUUUGAGUAAAUUAUGGGAAUUUACUGAUAUUUACUUUGUUAUUUUAAAUAAAAGCCCAGUACUUAUGCAUUUUCGUUGGCAUCAUCAAACAACACCAUCAGUAGUAUUAGCUAGUUUACUUGGUGAUGUAUCAUAUGAAUGGCCAACAAUUGUUUCUAAUUCACUUCUGCAUACAUUUAUGUAUCCACAUUUUGUUGGUGUCUGGAAUGCAUAUCCAAUUCUUGUUGUGUUAGGUGCUUGGCAAUUAAUUGUUGGUCUCAGUUUGAGUAUAUAUGGAAUAAUAGUUGGGUGUGAUGGUUCAUUUUAUGCUAAACUAUGGGGUCUCCUAAUGUAUAUUACUUAUACAAUAGGUUAUCUCAAUGAACACUUUCAUCUAGUUGAUCGUCUUAGAGAUUUUAUUUCAACUUCUCGUCAUGAUUCCAAAACAUUAUAA